UCCUCCUCCGAGGGCGACGGCGUGCCACCACGCCAUGCCGCUGCGCGACUGCAACGUGCUGAUCAGGACCCUGGCCAGGCGCGGCAGCUUCCCGCACGUCAUGGCGGUGUACUACGACCUCCGCGCGCGCGGCCUCGUCGCCGACAGCUUCACCUACCCGUUCGUGCUCAGGGCGAUCGGCGUGAUGAAGCUGUCCGUCGAGGGGCGCAAGGCGCACGCGGCCGCCGUGAAGACCGGGUUCCGGUGGGACGCGUACACCGCGAGCUCGCUGAUCGACAUGUACUCGAUGCUGGGCCACGCGGAAGUCGCGCGGAAGGUGUUCGACGAAAUGCCGCAGAGGUUCCUGGUGCUGUGGAAUAUGAUGAUCAGGUGCUACAUCAGGAGCGGCCGCUUCAAAGCAGCAGUUGCGUUGGCUGAGGAGAUGGAGAGAAGCGGCGCCGCACCUGACAGGAUCACCUUGGGGACUGCCGUGACCGCUUGCUCCAGGGCAGGAGACCUGAGCUUGGGAAGGAGGAUCCACGCAUACAUGGAUGCAGUCUUUGGAUUCAGCCUCCCAGUUGCAAAUGCGCUUCUGGACAUGUAUAUGAAGAACAGUUGCUUGGAAGAGGCAGUGAAGAUGUUCGAGCAGAUGCCGGAGAGGAACAUCAUUUCUUGGACGAUCCUCGUGUCGGGAUACGCCCUUGGUGGUCAGCUGGACAAGGCAAGAGCACUCUUCUAUCAAUGCAUUGAGAAGGAUCUAAUUCUGUGGACUGCAAUGAUCAACGCUUGUGUGCAACAUGGGAGCUUUGAGGAGGCAUUGGCACUGUUCCGAGACAUGCGGUUGCAACGGGUGGAACCGGACAGGUUCACUGUUGUCACUCUCCUGACAUGCUGUGCCAAUAUCGGGGCUCUUGAUCAAGGUGAAUGGAUCCAUCAGUAUGCUGAGGGGAGGAAGAUGAAGAUCGAUGCAGUUCUCGGCACAGCAUUGAUUGAGAUGUACUCGAAGUGUGGGCAUGUUGACAAGGCACUGCAUGUCUUUGAGCGAAUGCAGGGCAAGGACGCUGCUGCCUGGACUGCCAUCAUCUGUGGCCUGGCCGCACAUGGUCAGGCCAGUAGAGCUCUUGAAUUGUUUGAGGAGAUGCAGAUAAGCAAAGUGAAGCCUGAUGGUAUUACUUUCAUUGGGGUACUGAGUGCCUGUUGCCAUGGUGGCUUGCUUGAUGAUGGACGCAAGCAUUUCCAAGCCAUGAAACAGGUCUAUCAGAUAGAACCGAGAAUCGAACACUAUAGUUGCUUUGUCAAUCUUCUAGGUCGUGCCGGUGCACUAGAUGAAGCUGAGAGGUUGAUCAAUGACAUGCCUGUAAACAAGGACACUAUGCCACUGUUUGGUGCACUCCUCACAGCUUGCAAGGCUCAUGGCAAUGUUGAGAUGAGCGAAAGGCUGGCCAAACGAAUUGCCGAGCAAGAUUCCCGAAACCCUGGUGUUAAUGUCCUCAUGUCUAAUGUGUAUGCAACAGCUAGUCGAUGGGAGGAAGCAAUAAGAGUAAGGAGCGAGAUGGCGCACCCCACUGUCAAGAAGACUGCAGGGUGCAGCUCGAUUGAGGUAAAAGGAUGCUGAGAUGGAACCAAUAUUGGGAUAUAUCUAAUGUUUCAGAAUCAGAAUGGUUAAGCAUUCACCACGUUCAAUUAAUCACAAUGUGUUGACCAACAGCAUGCUUGAUCAUAUUUUUUUUUUGAAACGAACCAGGCAGGAGAGCUGCCGAUUAUAUUAAAAA